CAUCAUCAAUCUCCCUCUUUGAGCCUCUCGGACGACAUUUGUCAGGAGCAGUCGCACGACGAGAUGAAACACAUCCGCCGUCCUUUGUAAGAAUCCCCAUCGCUGCUGCUUUCGACGAGGAGCUGUGUAUAAAGUCCCGAGGGGAAGUGGCAGAAGAGCUUCAUUGCUCUUCUUUCGACGAGAACAACUGGAUUUCCUCAGCCUCUUCUUUCAGUACUUCGAGUUCACGGUAGCGGAGUUUUUCGAGCGCGACGAUGAGUCUGGACCAGCAGCAGAGGCCGGUGACAUACGGCGACGUGUUUCCUGAGUCAGGGCGGCAGGGCGAGCCCGUCGCGUCGCAGCCCGUGACCCUCGAGGACGCCGCUCUCAUGCAGAGCGCGGAGUCGCUCGCCUUCGGGCGCACUCAGAAGGCCGGGGCGGCGUCCGCCAUGCAAGCGGCGGCGUCGCGCAAUGUCGAUCGCGGCCUCGUUGACAGGAAUGCGCACUCGCUGCUCUCCGAGUACGGCAUGAGUGUCACGCAGACUUCGAUUCCCGGCGUCACCAUGGACAUCUCGUACGUCGCCGGCAGCCCCGUGCAGGGAUCCACCAUUCCCACUCCCACCGAUCCCGGCAUCAUCAACAUCGACGCCGUCACCAUCGGCGAGGCUUUGGAAGCGGCAGCCGUGGGAGCGGGCGACAAGGUUAUCGACGAGAGUGAUGCACGAGCCAUACUGAGCGCUGAAGCGCGGGCGACGGGUGUUUCGAAGCCCGUCAGAGGUGGAGUCGGUUCAGUAGCGCAGUCAGCUGCAGAGUUGAACCAUCGAGUUGUGAAUGCCAGUGAGCAGACGACGCUCGCCGACGUGCUCAUGGACGCUACGGUGGCAUUGCCGGCGGACAAAGUGGUGACUCAUGCAGACGCGGAGAAGGUGAUCCAAGCCGAGAUGCGGUGCAAACCUCAUUCCGAAGGACUGGCUGCGGGCGGAGUCGCAGCAGCGAUUGCUGCAGCGGCUGAUCUGAACGAGAGGCACGGAUUGAUUCCACCAGCCUUGGAGCACAUCAACCACAAGGCACCGGAGCCCUUGGGAAAUGUGGAGGAAGUGGGCAAGUUCUACCCCGUGGACAAUCUCUCCGCACCCAGUCCAUCAGAACUCACUCGAGAGCAAUCUGCCGACGAUGGAGAAACCAGUCUUCUGAACAGCUCAGGCAGCAGCGACCAGCUUGCAGAGGAUCGUCCCAAGAGGAAUUACCAUGAACAAUUGGAAGGUCUGGAUGUGCCCAGGUCCCCUACUCCUGACCACGAUCGCGUGUCUGCCGACUAGGAGAGAGUUCUUCCCAGAAUCGUGGAUGACAAAUGCUCUAUUUCCCAACCUUCGAAAGAUUUUUUCCACGAGCUCAGUUUUGGAGCUUCUUCUUUGUCUAUGUACAUAGGGAGUUUUGGUCAUUGAUCAGAUCGGAUAUCGGCUCGUUGUCCUUGUAAUAUACUGCUUACGCGUUUGUACAUGUAGCCACCCACGUGAGGGGAAAGGUUUAGAUUGUCAUCCAUUCAGGUGAAAGAUAGAUAGAAACGGAUUUUUUUCCAGCCUGGCCGGAAUUAUACUUCUACAGAUUGUUUAGAUCUUAAAAAUAGAAAUGAGGAAAUUGCACUUUGAGUUACAGAAUUGAGCAUGAGCAGUUUAUUGAUAAUUUGCUCGGAGUUAUUGCAAUAAAAGCUUG